GUGAAUGAUAAACUGAAGAAGAAGAAGAAGCAUUCUAACCUUGCAGCAUUGAUUUUUGCCAGCGAAUUUUCUAAAAGAGAUUGUGAAAAAUGUUCCAAAACAGUGCUGCCCGCCUCCUGGUCCCUGCCAUUCGUGGCGCCGUGCAGAGGCGUUGCCAGUCGGUCGUCUCCGGACCACCAACCCAGCACGUCUCCACCGCCGAGAAAGUGAUCCUUGGUGGUGGCAUGUGCGCGACCGCGCUGUUUAUCCCAGCCUGGGUGCUCUACCAUAUCCGGGACUACAAGGGCGAUAAAUAAUCUAGAUUCGUUACCACACAUACAUAGUUAAUCCCCAUGUAAAUUAAAGGGUGUCAAUGAAUUCAUAGUGCCCCUGAGGUAGGGAAAUAAACUAUAAUGGAUUGAACCGCAAA